AUGGAAACACCAAAACGAAACGGACCAACAAUAAUAAUUUCCGAAGGAUCAGCAACUUUAGCUGAAUCAUCAGGUGGUCUUGCAUUUGAAGUUAAACUUGCUGAAUCACCACGACAUACUGGAACAAUUCAUCCACCAACACAUUUUCUUUCACCAAGUGCAAAAGGAAAUCAAAAUGAUUUAACACCAUUAACACCAGAAAGUAUAACAGAAAAAUUAAAACGUGCUGAAGAACGUCGUCUUAGUUUGGAACAACUUCGUGCAACAUUACUUGCAGCAGAAAAUAGUCGUCCAAUUGAAGUUAGUAAAAUAAAAGAUCAACAAGCUGAAGAAUUUAAAAAACAAACUGAAGAAAAAUUACAAAGAAAACUUGAAUCAGCAAAAGAAAAUCGUGAACGUGUAUUACAAGCUAAAGUUGAAAAAGCAAAAGCACCCGUUGAAAAAGGUCUUGCUAGUGUUCAACAUAAUUUAGCUAAACUUGAAGAAGAACGACAAUUAUUACAAGAAAGAAUUAAUCAAAAAUUAAAUACAGCUGAAACAAAUCGACAAGAACAAUUAGAUCGUUUAAUGGAAAAACUCACUGAACAUGAUAAAAAAAUUGAAGCGAUUAAAAGUCAGACUAAAAUGGAAACAAUUACAAGCGAAGAAACUGAAUAA